UAUCGAUUUCAAGGUUUCACAUGGACGUUUUCUGUGUAUUUUAGUGGUCAAACUAUUACGAUGGAACUGUUAUUCCUAGAACCUUCGAUUAGGCUCUUAAUAUAGACAAGUUAGAUAAGAAAUUGGACUUCAAUAAUGGUUAGAAGUGUACAUAUCUACAAAAAAUGAUGGUUAAGUUACAUUUUGUUGAAGUUAUGAUUUAAACAUUGCUUUCAUGUUUCUCCAAGAAUUUAAGAGGUACGUACCCAAAAUAAUUGGGCCGAAAGGAUCGAAGGAACUACGAGUGCUAAUUUGACAUGAGAACAUGAUGGGAAAGGCAGUUAAACUUCUGGUUAUUUACAAAUGUUCAUCGUAAGAGUCCACACUUUGGUAUAAUGAAGGGAAGUCACAGUCUUCAUUUGAGAAAUCCAUGUGGCUGCCUUGAGAAUUUAUUGCACAGAUUUGGAACAAACCCAGACGAACACUAUCUCUCAAAUUGAGUGUUCAGUGUCCAGUGCUUUGAGGAAUAAUUUUACUGCAAAUGCCAGUGUUCCUGUAUUGCGUACCAAUGAUGAAAGUGAAUCCGCUCUCAUUAAGUUUUAAAGUGCUUUAUCAGAACAAAGAUCAGAUGAUGUUUGGCUAGGAAAUUUUCCCAACCAGCCACAGGAAAGUAACUUCAGUAGUAAUGCUGGGAACUUCAGUAGAGUUAACAAUUCAUCUUCAGAAUUAAGAAACUCUGACAAAAUAAAUCCACAGUCAGAGUUAAUUCUCAUCCAGUGAAGCAAAAAUUUACGUAUCUCAGUUCUGAAAGAAAUGUUAAAGACCUCCAUGAUUUGAAUUUUUCAUUCGAAGUUGCUGAUGUAAAUCCCCAUAUGAAGAAAUCAUGCUUGAUUGAUGGAAAAGGAAGUUCUUUGGAAAAUCCUAUCAUUAAUGAAAAGGACGAAUGUAAAGUACAAACUUCCCAUUCUACAACACUUAAAAUAAAAUACCCGGAUACUGCAAGCGAAACUGCCAAUUCAGAUGUGAAUUUAAAUGUGGCAUGGGAGGAAGAGGAGUAAUUAUGAGAAUGUCUGUGCAACUACUGAUUGUUCAGUGAACAAGUGGAGGAGAAUAUUGACAUGAUCAAUAAGAAUUGUGUAAUUCCUAUUCAGAAGCGUGGAAUAUAUUCAGAACAUAUUUAUCCAUCAGCAGUAACCAGUACCACAGACAUUUUGUCAGUCUGUGCAGAUCACAAAAGACAGGCAUCAACCAAAAGGAAACGGUCAUAUUACUCUCCACAGCUUGUGUUACGGUCUCCACCUUUGACACGCCGAAAAAAGGGCUAAUUUCUUAGCCAUGUUUAAAAGGAGAUUUGGUACUCCACAGUCUAAUAGGAUUGAUAAAUAUUUUAUUAAAGAAAUGGAGCAUUUGGAUGUAAGUAAUUCAACAUUUUUUUCUGUGAAUGAAAAUGCUUGUGAAUUUGAUGGCCGCAUUCCUCCAUGUCCUAUUAUAAAUGACUGUGUUGAAAUGUGCGAGGAUCACAGUUCCUCAUGUCCUCAGGAAAAUGUUACAAAAUCCGAAACUUUCCUUGAGAAAAGUGAGGAAGAUAUAGUUAUGAUUUAUGAAAACAUUGGAAAUAGUGGUAGAAAUUCUGGUUCAAGUGAUGCUGCUGACACUACUGUUGCUGGAGAAAAACAUUCCUAUGAUAGUUGUAAACAAGAUGUAAACAUAAUUGAUGAUGAGCGUGGAGAAAAUGGCACAUCCAUUGAUUCAGAGCAGACUAUUUUUUCUACUGAUGGCUUUAGAGGCUUUGAAGAAGCAGAUGCAAGUAGUAUAAAUAACAUUUUUUUAAAUGAAUCCAGUUAUCAUGUAGAAGGUGAAGAAUUGAAGAGCGAAGGAACUCUCCAGUCAUACAUAAUUUAUGGUAAAAAUCAUGUUAUAACAGAUUUAUCAUCACUAUCUGAUGAUGAAGAAGGUAUUAUUAUAAAAUCUGAUGGAAGUGAUAUUGAAAGUUGUAAUGAAAAGAGGCUUUGUGUCAGAAGUCAAAAAGUUUAUUUUGAUUCUGGCAAUUCACAAGAUUUUGAAUUUGUAGAAAAUACAGGAUCUGCAGUCAUUGAUGUAAGUCAAAACCACACAAAUAAUCCUCAUUGGUUCAAGACUAAUGUCUUUGACAAAAAAUCAUCGGCUGAAGAGCACAUGUAUUUUACUCUCACAAGAGUGGCAGUACUGGAUAGACCUAAUGAACAGUCAGCUUCUGCUAGUAAUGGUGAUGAGCCAAAAAUUAAUUGCCCUGCCAAUGAUGUAGUGUUUGUUAGCAGUCCUGCUAGUGAACCAGAAACUAUCAAGAGAUCUAGUAAGCAAGAAGAUUUAAGGAGCUGUGAUUAUAGUAAAUCAUUGGUUGUAAAUAACUGUAAUGGAAAUUCAGAAUGUAUUAAUAUCAAAGCAGUGACUGACUGCAUCCCUAAGAGGGACUCAGGUGUUGUCUACUCUGCAAAGAAUUCAAAUAUUACUUUUAGCUCAGACAAGAGGUUGCUGAACAGUAGCAUCUCUGAUAUGGAACUGGUGGUUGAUAACACUCUGUCAAGCAACAGUGAGAAUCGUGAAGAUGCUGAUGGGCUUGUUGCAUCUGAUAGAGAUCUGAUGGUCAUUGACUUGCCUGUUGCAGAACUUGUGGGUUUUAAUGAAUGUGGUAGUAAAAGUGUUACUGUUGACGAUCCUGAAAGGGAACUGGGCAAGGAACUACUUAUUACUAGUAAAUGUGACAGGACGCUGAUGCUUCCUGGUUACAAUGAAGAGGAAUCAUUACAUGAGAGGACUGUUACAGCCAGUUGUAGAAGUAGAAAAGUGAACCCUGAUCUAUUUAUCAUGUCGUAUGAAGCAGUGAUGUACAAGCAUCACGAUAGCGUAGGAACACGUAUGGGGUUGGAAUGUGUUCCUGCAUGCUGCCUAGAUCCAUAUUCCUGCGCACAGUGCCACAAAAGUGCUAUGUACAAGCGAUUUGAAGUAUGUGAUGCUAGGUGUCAGACGAUAGAAGAUCUGAUGAAUACCAAACAAUGGCCCUCUGUCUUCGAAUAUUGUUACUCUAAUAUUUCUGAGAGAUAUUUUCCUAGUGCAUCAGCAGCCUUGCGUAUCUUGGACUUCAUACUUAAUACGCACGAUGACAACUUGCUUGGUAGUGCUGUAUCAGUAUUCAAGAAGAUAGUUGAUUUGCAUCCGCCAUGUGCUCCAGAUAUGCUGAAAUAUUACAGAACAGUUUUAACAAACACGCUUGGAGAGGAUACUCCUCAUAUAUCAAGGAAUGGAAUUGUGCUAGAUGCUAUCUAUAACUUGAAAGAUUUGCAAAAUGAAGAUUUAGGUUUCAACAGUUCAGAUGUCCAUGAAGAUACAUUGGUAACUCAUAGCACUCCCAAUAAUAUAGUGGACGACGGUCUUCACUGCGAAGAAUACCCGGAAGGUUCUGCUUAUGAACGAGCUGAGGCUGACAAGAAUUUUAAUACUCUGAAAGAUAAUGAGAAAUUAAAUCGCCUUUUCCGGGUUUUAGAGAUUAUAGUGAAACUGUUUGAAGUUGAUAUUUCAGUGUUUCUUGUAAAACAAAGUUUUCAACUGCAAAAGGCACUGCGUAAUCAAUUAUACAGACCUUUAAUAGUGUCAGUAUUGUGGGGAACUAGCACAGUGCACGAAAUUGGACAUCUGAAUGCCAACUGCAGAUAUAUAAUAGAUUUAUAUGCAAAUUGCUUUUUCCAUAAAAUUUGUUAUAACCAGAGGAAUAUUGUUGCAAGGCUACUGAAUCUUGUAGCUGAAGCAGUUAGGGCAAGUGAGUGCAAUAAUGAAUUGAUGUAUCCCUACUUUGGUCAAUGUUGCAAAACCUUGGCUCAAGAAGUCAGCUCGUAUAUAUCAGGAAUGAACCCAGAGGACAUGGCCGAAGCCCUCACUCAUAUGAUGCCAUCAUUUCUUACUCUUUAUGUCACAAAUUAUCUUCUCAGUAGUGCUGUUGGAUAUGAAACAAUUCCCUCUUUGGAGACAAUUGUGGAACUUAUUCAGAAACCCUUUUUGUCAUCUGAAGAAAAAGCUGAAAAGAUGCAUCCUGAAAUGUCUGCCACUUCAAAUUGUAAAUUACUUGAAACAAAGAGAAACAUCAACAAAAGAGAUAUGAGAGGAGAAACAAUCCUUCAUCGUGUUUGUCGAAGAAAUAAAUUAGGUAAACUUAAAUUCCUCUUAGAAGAUCCAAACAUUGAUGUCAAUGCUGCAGACAAUUUUGGGUGGACAGCUCUUCAUGAAGCAGUUCAUUUUGGUGCUGUGGAUUGUGUCCAUGAAUUGCUGGAGUACGGACUUCCAGGUUAUUGCAGAACAGAUAUGCGUUCGCAAAGUAAAGAUGGUACUACUCCACUAAUUGAUGCAGCUGAGAGCAAUCAGCUAGAAUCAUGUAAAUUGCUGCUUAAAUAUGGAGGUUCCUCUUUGUUAAAAGACAAGAACAACAGAGGUAUGAACGCGCUAGAUGCAGCAACUGCACCUGAUAUUAAAGCUCUUUUGGAGUCUUUCGGAACAGAAGAUAAUGAGAUCAUCAAAGGAGAAGCAGUUUACUCUCCACUGCCAUCAGUAGUUCCAGUGUUGUUGCCAAUAAUGUUCCGUGCUUACAUGGAUACAUAUCAGACAUUACACAUCGUGGAAACACUUAACAGUUUUAUGCAUGACAGUGACACUAAAACUAUACAUACAAAAAGGAAGGGUAGGCCAAAAUUUAAGUUUGAUUCUGCAAGGUUCUUGAAGGAUUACAGGAGUUUUAAAAAACUGAAAGGUAUUAUUAGAAGUGAGGGAGAAAAGAGCCAUGACAAUGAGAUAAUUAGAAAAUUUCUGUUGUUGAUUUGAAUGUGUGUGUUGUGUGUCACUUGAAGAUGUUAAGUUCACCAAGUACAAAUCUUUCCAUAAUUAUUAAGACUGUCUUUAUUUUUGUUAAGAAAUGAGAUAUAUACAUAUAUAUGCAAAUGUUAUCAUUAAACUUUCUGUAUUUCUUGGUGUCAACUGUGUGUACACAUUCUGUGUUCAUUCCAUACAUAUUCAUUAUAUAUAGAGCUGAUUUUAUGUACUGUGAGGUUUGGACACAUAAUUUAAGUUGUGGAUGUAAUUUUUCACAGCCAUAAUCAUAAGUUUCUUUAAAAAAUUGUAAGAAAUUGCUCUAUUCACUGAUAUAGCUACUAUUUUAAUUUCUUUUUCAUUCCUAGUUAUCUCCUCUUCUGACUUAGGGGAAUGUUUUAAAUUAUUGUGUGUGAAAAGUGUUGAUUUUUUUUUCUUUCCCCAGAGGACUGAAGGAACUAGUGAAGUUGUGUUAUAAAAAUUUUGUAUUACAGGAAUAAUAAAUUGUCAGUAUUUUCAUACCUUGA